UUUAAAAGCUGCUGAAUAAUCUGACACCGUCUUCUCUUAAAGACCAGACUCAUCAGGAGGCGGGUAUUCUAAUUACAAAGUACCCGCCUCCUGAGUGUAUUUCCAGGCCUCUCACUGGACCUUGAUCAGUUAGACAGUUGAAUCAGGAGAGAUGAGCACUGUGCAGGACGUGAAUCCCAGGGUGCGUGGGAUCCGAGCCCCAGUGAACCUGCAGGGUCUAGCAGCAUGCAUCUCAGAGCAGAUUGCAAAGAGUGUAAAAAAACCCUUCAAGAGUGUGAUUGAUGUCAGCUCAGGUGAUCCACACAAGGCAGGAAUGCCACCUAUCUCAUUUAUUCGCCAGGUUAUGGCAGUGUGUCUGUACCCUGAGCUCCUCAAAGAAAAAAGCCUUCCUCUGGAUGUCAGGCAAAGGGCACAGAAGCUUCUGGACAUGUGUUCUGGAGGGAGUGUGGGUUCAUACUCCACAACCUCCGGUGGUUUACCACAAGUCCAGAAAAGCAUUUCUGAAUUUAUAACAAGGCGAGAUGGUGGCGUGCCUUCUCAUCCAGAAGACAUUAUCUUAACUACUGGAUUACAGAAGAGUUUGUCGGUGUUUUUGAACCUGCUUACCAGCGGAGAGGGCAAAACUCAGACAGGUGUGCUGACCCCCAUGCCCUGUCCACAUACUCUGCCCAUGCUGUUGGACAUGACUGGGCUGGCACUGGUUCCAUACCGUCUUUUUGAAGAACAAGGCUGGGCUGUAAACCUGGAUGAGCUGCAUAGAGCUUUAGAGGCUGGAAGAGUCCACUGUGAGCCCAAAGCCAUAUACAUCAGCAACCCAGGAAAACCUACAGGUUACGUGCAAGACAGAGAAACUAUUGAGAAGGUGAUUCACUUUGCUGCUACCAAUGGCCUCAUCAUACUGGCUGAAGAGGUGCACCAGGAUAGUGUGUAUGGCCAGGACAAAGAAUUUAUUUCCUACAAGAAAGUGCUGUCUGAGAUGGGUAAAACGUAUGCUGAGACAAUGGAGCUGGUGUCUUUCCAUUCAAUUUCCACAGCCCACAUAGGAGAGGGUGGUCUGAGAGGAGGAUAUAUGGAGGUAAUCAACAUUGACCCAGCAGUGAAAAAGUAUUUAACUGUCAUUUCCAGCGCUUCAGUGUUACCACAGCUGGCACUGGAACUUAGUGUUAAUCCACCUAGACCUGAAGAUUCUUCCUAUAACUCAUACACCCAGGAGAUUCAUCAUAUUGAGGAUACUCUUUCCCAGAAUGCUAAACGGGCGUGUGAGUUUCUGAAUAGAGUAGAAGGGAUGAGCUGUCAGCCAUCAAUGGCAGGACUCUUUCUUUAUCCCCGAGUACACUUGCCACCUCACAUCGUAGAGGAGGCUAAGAGGCUGGAAGUGAAGGCGGAUGUGCUUUACUGUCAGAGGUUGCUGAGAGAAGAGGGUAUUUGUGUGGGGGCAGGUUGUGAGAAUGGACAGGAAGAUAAAAACUAUCACAUCAGGCUGUGUAUUUUGACUCCUCCUUCCACUCUGGAGGAGAUCUUGGCACGCCUUCGUUCUUUCCACCAUCGCCUGCUGGAAAAACUUGCCUGAUAAAAAUGUCAUGCUGUUGCUUCUUUUGCAGCACAAUGUAACCAAUAAUGUAGUUACAUAAAAUCAACUGUGAAUACUACUGUAUAGAUAGAGAUCUCUUUAAACCUUAAUCUGUCAUUUUAACCAGAUUAUGCACUGAUACUCUGCACCAGCAGUUUAGCCACUCUCCCUUUCACACCUUUCCCUAACAAGCAAAAGCCCCCUGACGCAGUCCCGGGAGGAACCACAGAUCUCUUGGGGCUGUGUCAGUGGGGCGUUUGGGAAAAAAAUAAAUGUUAAAAAAAAAAUCCAAAACAAAUAUGUGACAAAUCCGUGUGAUUAAGGGAACCCUUGAAAGCAGCCCCACCACUCUGCAGUAACUGAUUUUGGUUGAUUACACUGAAGUUAAACUGUUGGUAAUUAAAACACUAAGUUUCUAAUAGUCUGAUCAACCCACAUGAAUUAAUUUUAAUGAACAUCAUGAAAAACAAGAAGAUACUAAUCAGUGAGCAAGGUCUUGACAUUUUUAAAUCACUUAAUAUUAUGAAAUAAUAUAUUCAUUAUUGUAAUGCACAGAGGGACUAUUGAAAGCUAAAUGUAUUCCAACUAAUACUGCGCAUGUCAAUAAUUUAACUUUUCAUAUUCAAUUUUCUGGUUUCAGAGUUCACUUUAAAAAAAUAUAUAUUUACUUGUCAAUAUGAAAAUUACACUUUAUUGGCUGUUCUUCAGCUUUAAUGAAAUGAUUUGUUUACAGAAAAUGAGAAUUUUAGUGAUCACUGUAAAAGUAAAAAUUCCCAAAAUGUUUUGAGAAUAUUGUGUUUAUAAAUAGCUGCUAGUCUGGUGUGGAGAUGCCGUGGAAGCAGGACAGAUCUGGACAUAAGCGAAAGCAUGAGUGAUAAGUAAGUGUUGGCAGUAAACUGGUUGUUGCUGUCUUCCAGGAUGGGCUAAAGUUUAGUUUAGUUUAACCUUAACUAAACUAAACUACAGUCAUUUAGUUUAGUUUAACUACACUGUAGUUUAGUUUAAAACGCAUAAUAGCAUAAAGCAAUAGCAAUCGAAACAUGACUUGAAGUAAAAAACGGUACCACACCAUGAAUUUUGCUCUAUACCAGAAAAUCCUGAAGGACUGUGUGUCCAACAAUUCGUGCUCUGAAGCUCAAGUACACACAGCUUAGGAAGCAGGUCAAUGAUCCAAAACACAACAGCAAACUUCCCACUGAAUAGCUAAAACAACAAAACAAAGGUCUUGGAGUGGUCUAGUCACAAUCUGGACUUGAAUCUGAUUGAGAGGAUUUGGCAUGACCUUAAACAGGACAUUCAUGCUCAAAAACACUCCAUUGUGGUUAAAUUAAAACAAUUCUUCAAUGAGUGGGCCAAAAUUCCUCCACAGCCAUGUGAAAGACUCAUAACUGGUUAUCACACUUAAUUGCAGUUCUUUAUGCCAAGGAUGGCACUGGCAAUUACUUUUUCACACAUGGCCAGUUAGGUUUGGAUAGCUUUUUUUCCUUAAUAAAUUAAAUCAUCAUCAACCAUCAACAUAAAAAACUACAAUUUGUACUUACUCGUGUCAUUUUUGUGACAAAAAUCACAAAAAAUGAAGAAAAGAAGGGGACAAGUACUUUUUCACAACACUAUACAUUGUUGUAUUUCCAUGAAUGGCUAAGUCACUACACGAUCUUUGUGUCCCACCUUAAACUAAACUUCAUUAAUUCAUAUUUUUUUAAACUCAAAUCACCACUGUUACAAAAAACAGAAUUAAAAAAGACACAUGUCCCAGUGUAAACUUGGUAAGUAGAUGAAUUUAUAUUGGAUUACCCUCUGCUCACUGGGAGCCUCAAACUCCCAAACUUUACUUUGUGUCAUUUAGAUCGAGGAAGUUUGUAUUUUCAUCGAGGUAGGACAGAACUCCUCUGUGUCUGAGAUAGCAAUGAGGAGGAGUCUGAAAGGAAGAAUGAUGGAGAGCACCAAUCUAAACCAUGCAAAGCAGAGGCUAAUUGGGUCAAAGAAGGCAAGCGAGAAGAUGAUUGGACCAGAGUAAUGACGUCAGUAUUUGGAUUGACAGUGUAAGAAAGCAGUAGUCAUGUAAGGUGCUAGGACCCAUCAAACAUUUGUGCCCAGUGGUGUGUAACUCAAUCAUAUACACAGCAAAUGCAGAAGUUCAUUUAAGCUGAAACAUUUUAGUGAAGUGAAAAUGAUCUGGGAACAUUUUUUCUUUAUUCACAAUUACAUUUUGUACUUGUAGUAUAACAGGCAAAGGUUUUGAUUUCUUGCAUACUAUCAAAUGUACACCUUUGUGUCACAGGUUACAGCUACUUCAGGCAUUCUUCAAACAUAUUCACUUCACUGUAAUGUUUGAUUGUGGUGGAGAUUUUAUUUUGAAAUAGUAACAUCUUAAACUUUAUCAUUACUUUCCAGUCACUAACCCAAGUGUUUAUUUGUUAAAUUAUACUUUUUAAUAUUUUUAUUUUCUCCAUGUGUGUUUUCAUAAAAAUCUUUUUGGGAAAAUUGCUCCAAACAAUGUGAUGAUUUCUGUUUUGUUCAAGAUAACUAUAAAAACCAAAUAUAUUUUCUAAAUUCAAUCCAAAGAACAUCAUUAGAAGAAAAACUGAAAACAUGACUCCUGGUCACCACCAGGAGUCAUUGUCAGCUUUUCCUUUAAAUGUGCAGAUACUUGGAGGAGGGUGGUUGGUCUGUGUUUUCAGCUCUGUUUUAUCUGUCUGUGUAUUGUCAGUGUCCUCUCUUCAUAUCAGUUAUAAAUGUAUUUUCCUCCACAUGUGAAAAGUGUCAGUUGAACUCAUGUAUCCACUUUAAGGCGGAAACAGAAAGGGAAAUAUCAGAAAUCUUAAAAUUUAUUUCCAAGUUGCAAAUGGACUAAACUUGGGUAAGACACAAAGACAAUGAUAACACGCACUGUAUCACAGCCUGGAACACACUGCUACGAUUCCUAAG